AUGUUCUUGUAUUUUGUACUUCCUUUCUUCUUUCCAAACAAGCAUACAACUCUCUCAUUCAGUUCAUAUCUAUCUAUCUAUCUAUCUAUCUAUCUAUCCAACAGCUCAUAUCCUAUAUAUCUAUCUCACUUUGUUCAUGUCUAUCUCUGUUCAUAUCUAACUACCUAUCUGUCUAUUCAUAUCUGUGUUCAUAUCUAUCUAUCUAUCUAUCUAUCUAUCUAUCUAUCUAUCUAUCUAUCACACUCUGAUCAUAUCUAUCAGAAUCUAUCUGUUUAUCUCACUCUAUUCUCUGUUCAUAUCUAUCUAUCUAUCUAUCUAUCUAUCUAUCUAUCUAUCUAUCUAUCUAUCUAUCUCACUCUGUUCAUAUCUAUUUAUCUAUCUAACUCACUCUUUAUCUAUCUAUCUAUCUAUCUAUUUAUCUAUCUAUCUAUCUAUCUAUCUACUUCACUUCAUUCAUGGCUCCUUUAUCUAUCUAUCUAUCUAUCUAUCUAUCUAUCUUGGCUCUUUGGCUUUUAUCUGUUAGUCUAUCUAUGGAAGACAAUCUAUCUAUCUAUCUAUCUAUCUAUCUAUCUCAGACCCUUUAUUCAUCUAUCAAUCUAUCUAUCUAAAAUUAUAUAUUGUUAUCUAUCUAUCUAUCUAUCUAUCUAUCUAUCUAUCUAUUGCAGAGUCUUUAUCCAUCUAUCUAUCAAUCUAUCUAUUGCAACCCUUUAUCUAUCUAUCACAAACACUCUAUCUAUCUAUCUAUCUAUCUAUCUAUCUAUCUAUCUAUCUAUCUAUCUAUCUAUUUCAGACCCUUUAUUCAUAUAUCAAUCUAUCUAUCUAAAAUUAUAUAUUGUUAUCUAUCUAUCUAUCUAUCUAUCUAUCUAUCUAUCUAUCUAUCUAUCUAUUCCAGCUUAUUGGAAAUCCUUUUCUGUUGCUUUGAUCACUAAAGCUAAGUUAAAGUUAAUUAUAUAUUUUUAUCUUAUCUUAUCUAUCUAUCUAUCUAUCUAUCUAUCUAUCUAUCUAUCUAUUGCAGAACCCUUUAUCUAUCACAGACACUUUAUCUAUCUAUCUAUCUAUCUAUCUAUCUAUCUAUCUAUCUAUCUAUCUAUUUCAGACCCUUUAUUCACCUAUCAAUCUAUCUAUCUAAAAUUAUAUAUUGUUAUCUUAUCUAUCUAUCUAUUGCAGAACCCUUUAUCUAUCUAUCACAGACAAUCUAUCUAUCUAUCUAUCUAUCUAUCUAUCUAUCUAUCUAUCUAUCUAUCUAUCUAUCUCAUUCCCUUAAUCUCUCUUUUUCUAUUUCAGCCAUUUCAAAUUCAUGCCUAUUUUAAUAUCCUUUAG